ACGAUUUUGUACUCUGUUCUUGUAAACAAUGAAUUCAGAAAAGAGAUAUAUUGUAUUUAUUGAUAAAACCGUUACACUUAGAGACUUAAGCAUUAUAAGAAAUUAUUUACUUAUUUCCCAUUGGUGAGAGACUUAAGCAUUAUAAGAAAUUUUUAUUAUCUAAAUUAUUAGACUAAAAGAUCAAGUCUCGUACAGUAAGUUUAGUCUAAAUUAUUAGGUAUUUUUUGCGAUUACUUAAAACAUUGUAGUGACCAUGCAGACCGUGCAAUAUACAUGAUAAAUCAAAAACGAUUAAACUCUCUUUUAGCUAUUGCAUCAGGCACUUGAACACCAGAGUAAGAAAAGUCUUGAUCGUAUUGUUGUUCUCCGAACCAUUUGAUUUCACCCACAUUGAAAAAGAAACUAAAUAUGAGAGAGUGAAACAACAAAACCUAGAAAGUUAUAUAAUAAAAGAUAUAACUGCUCACAACAGAGCGUUAGUGUAUUCAGGUAAGGUUGGACAUCAGCUUCAGGUUCCUUUGUUUUCUUCAGUAAUAUCCUGCAGAUUGCUUAAAAUUAUCAUACAAUAAUCUAUUUUUAAAACAAAAAUAUUGUUGUAAACUUAAAUCGACUCUAGCAAAAAUCUUAUAUAUGAGAUUUGACUCAAAUGGUAUAACAUAUGAGUUUUACCUGUCCCCACUUUAGACUCUCAUCUCAAUAUACUAAGUAGCAUUUAUCUUAAUACUGUACCACCAAUGAAUUUCCCUCCAUAUGUAGCUUCACACGUUUUCUGAAGCAGAACAUUUAGUAAUCCUUUUAUGUGUUGCAAUCUCUUGACUGCAAUACAGAAACUGUGACCAAAGCUCCUCCUGCUUAUUGCCAACACUAUUUACAGACGCAACUCAGCUUUUAAAAACUUUGACUUUAAAUCAUCAUCUGCAUUUGUUUGAGCCACUGUCAGAUGGAUCCACACAAGGUGCAAACGGAGUGAGCAUAAACAACAUCAAAACAGUCAUCCAGAUUCUUCGAGAUAAUGUGAAGCAGCUCUUCAGGGAGAAGAGACCAGUCUGGUACGGAUGAUGGAGACAGAGACGUACGAUGAUCAUACGAUGAUGGAGAUAGAGACCAGUCUUUGCAGAUCCCUGCGCGUCCCGCGGGUCCCGCGGGAUACACCGAACCCAUCCCGCUUCUGGCCUAAUCCCGCACAAGCUCAUCCCGCGAGGCCCGCUAAAAAUUCGGACCUGGAUCUUAGUAACCAAUCCCGCCCCGCAACAGGUCCAAAUGGGCUGGACCCGCGGGCAGGUUCAAAUUUUGCCACUAGUUAAAUCUGUUGGACAAAAAUUAAAUAAACUAAACGCGGGUUCAUGGGUUUUCUAGUAGAGUAUAUACGUAUAUUUUGUGUGUAUCUCUAUGAGCAUGUAUAUGUCAAAGUGAAUAAUGACAAAUAUCCGAUUUGCCAUACAAAAUCAUCAAAUGGUUGUUUUUUCUUAGAUUCUCUAUUAUUUUUAAGAUGUUUAACAACGAAUGAAAGAAUAAUAGAUUUGACAUAUAUUUUGUAUCACGCACAUUCGAUAAGAAUCUUAGUGUUAUUGAUGGUCAGAUACAUCUUUCUAGAAUUCUUGUAAUAAGGCUAUAAUCUACUUUUCAUCCUACGGUCAAUUUGAUAUCUCAAAAAGAAUUGAAAGAAUUGUCGACUUGUCAUACUUAUGUUGACAAUACGAUAUGGCUAGUAUAAUUAAACGCUAAUGAAAAUAUUCUCUAUAAUAUAUUCUGUUAAACUUCAAACAAUUUUAAAAUAUUACUGAAAUAUAAAUUACAAGAAUCAGUCCAUUGAUCGCUUAUAAAGGAAAACGAACGAGGGGCGAAAUUAUAUUUAUUUAGGUCAGGUCGCUUAGCUAGGAAGUUGAAACAAUGUCAGAGGCAUAAAUGGAUCGUUUGUACUUGGCGCUCAAACUUAUCCUGGCCUAUUAGUUAAAAGAUAAUUCUUUUUUUGUUUGUUAGAUACUUUUUUUUUAUAAAACUUUAACUUAAUAAAUACCAAUGUGUUUGUCACUUGUUUCUGAUUGUGGGGAAUCACCUUAUGUGUUACCUAACGAAGUUAUCAACUUCUUAAAUAAAAACUUACAUAUCACAUGACAAUAUGUUAUAAGCUAUAUACUUUAUAGGGUAUUUAAGUGUAUAAUCCCUCAAUAACUCGUGAAACCACCGAUUGUUCAAACGGUCUACGAGACUACGAGUAUGUACCAAUCUUGCAACUUCUGCCUAUAUAUCAAUUACGAUCAUAAUUGAAAAUUGAUUAUAUAUAUUAUAUAAUAUGUUCACACUAUAAUCCAUAGGACCCGCUUGUCCAUGAUUCGUUAUUUUUCUAACUCUCCAACAUUAUAAAACCCUCCCACUUCCUCCCACUAACUUCAAACUAAUUUCUACCCACAAAUACAACUAUACAAGCUCUUUGAUAUUCAUCUCUCACUCUUGUAAACCAAAUCCAAACAAUGACUCCGGCGGAAAUCACCGGGUAUUAUCAAUAUCUAUCGCCGGAAAAAUUAUCAACAAUCCCGGCGGAAUUCAACAUGCUUAACAUGCCCACAUCUCCAAUAUCUUCCUCUUCAUUAAACUACCUAAACGAUCUCAUCAUCAACAACAACUAUUCCUUAUCAUCCAACGGUCAAGAUCUCAUGAUGAGCAACAACUCAACUUCUGACGAAGAUUAUCAUCAACAUCAUCAGAGCAUCACCGCACUCGACGAGAGGAAACAAAGGAGAAUGCUUUCAAACAGAGAAUCUGCGAGGAGAUCUAGGAUGAGGAAACAGAGACAUCUUGACGAACUCUGGUCUCAGGUGAUAAGGCUUCGCAACGAGAACAACCGUCUUAUCGAGAAGCUGAUCCGCGUAUCAGAUACUCAAGAUAACGUAUUGAAAGAGAACUCUAAACUCAAAGAAGAAGUUUCUGAUCUUCGACAGCUUGUAUCUGAACUAAAACCCAACAAGAACAACAGUUUUCUAAGAGAGUUUGAAGAAGUUUAGUAUUUCUUCAAAAUAAAUCGGCGGGGCAGAGCUAUGGGGGUUUGUGUUAUCAUAUUGGGUUCUGGUUGGUUCUCGAAUGUAAGGUUGGUAAGGAUCAUAUAUCACAACUUGUCGCCACGUAACAAAGUUAGAAACUAUGUUUAUCUUACGUAUUAAGACUUUUUAUAUUCAGCAGUAUCCCCAUAAAAUAACAUUUGAAGUAUAUUUCUGAAUUCAAUACUCUGAACACAUAAGAGACUUCUGAAAAUGAAAUGAACAAUGAAAGACACAAUGGUGAUCGAUGAAACUUUACAAUCUAGUUUUUUACACUAAUAUUGCCGUCAUGUAAGUAGUGUGUAUGUUAUGAUGAGAUGAAAAUUAAUAAAUAAAAAGAUGACAAAAGUAGUGUCAUAAAAUGUUGAUCAAUUAUGACGACCUAUAUUAACACAUUUAAUUGAGAGGUUGUACGCCGCAUAAAUACACUUGCACUCAACAUCAUUAAAACAUAUAUGGCAAACAAGAAAAAAACCAAAAAUAUUGCUAAAAAUGGUGGCACUUUUUUUUUGCGAUUUAAUCAAAUACUUAAAUCUUUUUUUUUUCUGAAAAAGAAAAUACUUAAAUCAUUAGAUUAUUUAUUUUCUCAUAGCUAGGAUCCACUUUCUCUCCGAAACUUUGUUCAUCCAGUUUAAAGCAUCACUCCGAGUGUGACAUGUCCACCAAGAAUGUUAUCUUGAAUUUCACCUGGCGCAUUACUAUUAUGUAAAAUUUAAACAUUUUAUUAUUGUUUUCCUAAUACUUUUGACCUACUUUCUAUUCUUUUUUUUUUUACUUUUGACCUACUUCAACACACAUAUGGUUAACGAUAGUCUUGGUUUAUAAACUGCAUGAACUUUCAACCACAAGUUCACAUACUUUUUUUUUAUUCCUCUUACAUUUAUGCUAUAUCCGUUCUCCUACUUGAAACCACAGUUUAGGAUUUCGUCGAAUUAUCUACAGGAAAUUAGUAUAUAAAAUAAGAAUAUUUAUGAACCCGUUUGGACCUAGACACAGUAGACGCCAUGAUCCUUUCUAUCUAAAACGUUGGUUAAUGUUGAAAAUUAUUCUAAAAAAGUAAUUAAUUUUGCUACGCAAGAAAACGAAUUGUAGAACAAUAUUCUAUGUGUCUAUAUACCCCAAGUGAAUUUUUUAUUGGCCACGAAAGAAAUUCGUCAAGUUGCGACCCAUUAAGUUGUCCAACAUAAUGUUUCUUCAAUUAGAUAUUGAUAAUUGUUGCGCGGAAGGAGUUUUCUUUCUCUCUACGAGAGAAACUCCUACGUAGAUCUUGGAUUAAAACUUUUUUUGUUUGUAACAUAUUUUUCGGAUUAGCCGAUUAAGUUUUCGCUUAGGCGAUGUUUCUUUUCAAGAUGGCGAUUUUAUUGUGUUCUUUGAUCCAUAACAUAACUUUGCUUCAAUUUCUUUUCUAUCUUUCUCUGUCUUUUUGGAUCGUUUAAUAAAAUUUGAGUUUAGCUUUCCACUUCGUUCGUAAUGUUUAUCCCGUAGAAUUCUGGGUAAAGUUCUUUUAUUCAUCAUUCACUCUGAUCUCUGAUCUCUUAUCUAGGAGAAUGAAUCUUCGCACUUUAAUCUGACAUCAAGCGGAGCUUCUCUGAUGGAAGAAAGAUGAAUUUUGAUGGAUGCUUCGAAUCGAGAAUGGAGAGGAUUCAGAAGAUCUGGCGUUCUAAGGGCGGGUCCAACAAAGGAUCUUAUCUCAUCUCGGAUUGAGCUUCCUCUGGUAUAAUUUCGGUGAUUCAAAAUUCCUUUGCUCAAGUAUUCACGGUUAAGUGGAAGGCAUUUGGUGUCUGGAGAUCUUGCGGCGGAGAGAUAGGCGUCGUUGGGAAAGUUGGACGGUGGAAAGAUUCUACGGUGCGGCCGAGAAUGCCGUUCAACGCAUGGAAGACACAUGUCCAAGUGAUGCGGAUUCAGAUGGAUAGUUCACUAACAUGUGGUCUAACAUCCAGAUGUUUCUACAAUUGGGUUUGUAAUGUUUUAGUUUUACUGGACCUCUCUACUCUUGUAUUUCUGGUACCAAAUGUAUUUUAGCUCAAUGGACUUAAUCAAUGGAAAACUCAGUU